AUACUCCGUUCCAAUUUCCAAGUUACUGCCUUCAAUUUCCAAACCAAACACCACCUUCCCAAAGACUGAACAAAGUUCAUCACUGAAUUUCCAAUUCCCUGUAGGAGUUUGUAAAGAGAGAAAGAUGGGUUGGAUGGGUAGAUUUCUAGUAGCAGUUGGAUUCCUUGCUUUUGGUAUAUUAUUUUCCCCUGAAACAUUUGGAUCAAAUUCAUCUAAUGGUGAAUAUUCAUCAAAGCUCACUAUUGCUCUUAGAUUAACACAUCUGUUAUGCUUUUCUACUUCUUUUGGUGCUGCUCUUUGGGUGACUUUCAUUGGUGGUAUCAUCAUGUUCAAGAAUCUACCAAGACAUCAAUUUGGUAAUCUACAAAGCAAGAUGUUUCCAGCUUAUUUCUCACUGGUUGCUGUUUGUUCUACGCUAUCAUUGGCUUCGUUUGGUUAUCUUCAUCCAUGGAAAUCAUCAGCAACUGCUGAGAAGUAUCAACUGGGGUUUCUUCUCUCUGGAUUGGCUUUCAAUCUCUGCAAUUUGUUAGUUUUCACUCCCAUGACAAUUGAGAUGAUGAAGCAAAGACACAAAAUAGAGAGAGAAGAGAACAUUGGAGAGGAAGUUGGAUGGACAAAGAACAGGGAUGUAGCCAAGAAAAACCCAAAACUUGCUGCUAUGAAUAAGAAGUUUGGUAUGAUUCACGGAUUGUCUUCGCUUGCUAAUAUUUUGUCCUUUGGUAGCCUUGCUAUGCACUCUUGGUACUUGGCAGGUAAAAUGAAUCUGUAAUUUCGUUUAUGGAAGAAAGAUGUGAUCUAGUUCUCUAGGUUUGCAUGCCUUUGAUGGAAGAAAUAAACCCAUGUACUCUUAGAUUUAUCUAGAUACCAUGGCUUCUGUGGGUUCAGAUUGAAAGAUGUUAAUGUAAGGAGGAUUUGCUGAAUAUGAGUUCUUCUCAUAUUUCAUUAAGAAAUGCCAUUGUUGACAUUUAUCUAUUAAAAUGUUGUCUUUAUCUUUCACAAAUGAGGCAUCAUUGACAGUUUGAA